UUUCCUUGGCAGAAGAUGUCUAAUAAUGAACGCCAACAAAUGCAAUAUGGUUUCACCAGAUAUUCUGCUUGAACCCCAACAACUACAAUAGCGUUUCACCCAGCUACGCUGGCUUCAACCCCUAAUUAACGUUGGAAUAAUUAUAUUAGAGCUGUAAACAUUGGAGGUAAAAAGCUAGCGCGCAACAGGUAGAUCAAAUGCUGAGUUUAGAGCAGUCUUGAGCAGUGAAUAAUUCAUGAUAUGUAAAUUAGUUGAUCGGGUAAAAUCAGUCAGUGCUGAGAUGAGCUAGAAGUCAGUACGCGGUCAGUCGGCAUGCCAAGGGGGCUUGACCCAAUUCCUUUAGUUAUUUUUUUGUGUGCAUACUUCAACAUCGAAAUGUCUCCAUCGGAAUCACCUCGGUUUUUCUCUGAGAAGGAGGUAGCCAAUCAUUCCACCAAAAACUCAUGUUGGGUAUUAACGGGGACGAGAAUUUAUGAUGUGACGGGAUUCCUUCGUAUUCACCCGGGUGGAGAGGCUCUAAUAUUAAGCCAGUCAGGGAAUGAUAUCAGGAUGGAGAUGGCGGGACCCCCACACCGGCACUCGGAGAACGCAAGGCGGUGGAUGGAACAGUACUACAUCGGAGAGCUGGACACAGACGCUAGUGCCGAUGAAAUACAGAUGGUGAGGGAGGGGACGAAGACAGUGGAUGAGGAGACUUCACCCAUUAACAAAUGCAGUCAAGUCAACCUGGACACGGACCUGGUGGACUGGCGGAAGCCCCUGGCCUGGCAGGUGGGAAACCUGGGAGAGAAAUACGAGACCUGGGUGCACCAGCCUGUGAAUCAGCCCAUUCGCCUGUUUGGGAAUGAGUUCAUGGAGGCCAGCACCAAGACAUCCUGGUAUAUGGUCCCUGCUGUGUGGAUGCCACUGGUGUUCUAUCUCAGCUGGUACUGCUACACCACCUUGGCUCAGGAGACAACCAGACUAUUCGCCAGCACAGACUAUUCCUUCCUGGUGCACAAGUACAGCUUUCCGCUCAUCUUUGUGAUGGGCAUGGUCACGUGGACCUUCAUCGAAUAUUGCGUCCAUCGCUUCGUCUUUCACAUGCGCCCGCCCGCCCACAACUAUUACCUCAUCACCAUUCACUUCCUGCUGCACGGACAGCAUCAUAAGUCUCCCUACGAUGGCUCCCGCCUAGUCUUUCCUCCUUGCCUGGCCUCAGUGGUGAUAGGCAGCUUCUACCUGCUGCUGACCAAGUCCUUCCCUGAGGCCUUAGGGGUGUCCCUGUUUGUGGGGGGGCUGUUUGGGUACGUGGUGUACGACAUGAUCCAUUACUACCUUCACUACGGCUCCCCCCAGAAAAACUCCUACCUGUACAGCCUCAAGGCAUACCACGUCAAGCACCACUUUGAAAACCAAAGAGCAGGCUUUGGAAUCAGCACCACAUUGUGGGACUAUCCGUUCAACACACUUAUCCCUGAACAGACCUUUCAGAAGACUCAACUUACUCUACUCUCCACUGGGGGGCGACCUUCACCCAUCCCUCUUAGACCUGGCAAUCAACCCCUUCAAUGACGCCACACCCUUUGACCCCAGCCUGUCCCUAUAGUCUGUCUGUCUGUCCUUGUCUUUGUCUCUGGCUGGCUCUGGCUGCUUCGAACAAAACAAAACACAAAAACACACACUUCUCCAAUAUGUUCCACCUGUCAGUCAAAGAAGAAAGCUAUCUUUUCAGAACUGGAGAGAUGGAGGUUCGGGGUGAUUCUGUACGUUUUGUUUAUAAUCGACAACAUUAUCAAAUGAAGAUUGUAUGACUAUAAUGCAGUAAGGAGGAUGAUACAUGCAGUCACAGGAUAUAACAGUCAACAUCCCGCCAGAGACCGUAUAGCAUUCAAACUCAACUCUGGACCUUGAAGUCAGUUCCACUGGGUUUUUAAUUGUUCCCCUCUAAUAAGGGACUGAUUUAGACCUGGGACACCAGGUGGGGUAAAUUCAUUAUCAGGCAGAACAGAAAACCAGCAGGCUCCAGACCUCGUAGGGUAAGAGUUUACCAACGCUGUAGUAGAGAGAGAAUAAGUGAGAGAGGGAAUGUGAAUGUGGAAGAGAGGAUAAAGAGUGAUGUUUAGGAGGGUGAAAGUUAGAGAUUAUAGUUGUCCUUAUAUACAGUUGAAGUUGUAAGUUUACAUAAACUUAGUUUGGGGUCAUUAACUUGUUUUUCAAUCACUCCACAAAUGUCUUGUUAACGAACUAUAGUUUUGGCAAGUCAUUUAGGACAACUACUUUGUGCAUGCCACACGUCAUUUUUCCAACAAUUGUUUAUAGACAGAUUAUUUCACUUAUAAUUCACUGUAUCACACUUCCAGUGGGUCAGACGUUUACAUACACUAAAUUGACUGUGCCUUUUAAACAGCUUGGAAAAUUCUAGAGAUUGAUGUCAUGGCUUUAGAAGCUUCUGUUAGGCUGAUUGACAUCAUUCGAGUCAAAUGGAGGUGUACCUGUGGAUGUAUUUCAAGACCUACCUUCAAACUCAGUGCUUCUUUGCUUGACAUCAUUGGGAAAUCAAAAGAAAUCAGCGAAGACCUCAGGAAAAAAACUGUAGACCUCCACAAGUCUGGUUCAUCCUUGUGAGCAAUUUCCAAACGACUGAAGGUACCACACUCAUCUGUACAAACCAUAGUAUGCAAGUAUAAACACCAUGGGACCACACAGCCAUCAUACCGCUCAGGAAGGAGAUGCAUUCUGUCUCCUAGAGAUGAACGUACUUUGGUGCGAAAAGUGCAAAUCUAUCCCAGAACAACAGCAAAGUACCUUGUGAAGAUGCUGGAGGAAACAGGUACAAACGUAACUUUCUCCACAGUAAAACGAGUCCUAUAUCGACAUAACCAGAAAGGCCGCUCAGCAACGAAGAAGCCACUGCUCCAAAGCCGCCAGUAAAAAGCCAGACUACGGUUUGCAACUGCACAUGGGGACAAAGAUUGUACUUUUUGGAGAAAUGUCCUCUGGUCUGAUGAAACAAAAAUAGAGCUGUUUGGCCAUAAUGACCAUUGUUAUGUUUGGAGGAAAAAGAGUGAUGAUUGCAAGCCGAAGAACACCAUGUCAAACGUGAAGCAUGGGGGUGGCAGCAUCAUGUUGUGGGGGUGCUUUGCUGCAGGAGGGACUGGUGCACUUCACAAAAUAGAUGACAAUAUGAGGAAGGGAAAUUAUGCGGAUACAUUGAAGCAACAUAUCAAGACAUCAGUCAGGAAGUUAAAGCUUGGUUGCAAAUGGGUCUUCCAAAUGGACAAUGACCCCAAGCAUACUUCCAAAGUUGUGGCAAAAUUGCUUAAGGACAACAAAGUCAAGGUAUUGGAGUGGCCAUCACAAAGCCCAGACCUCAAUCCUAUAGAAAAUUUGUGGGCAAAACUGAAAAGGUGUGUGCGAGCAGCGUAGUCUAGUGGUUAGAGCGUUGGACUAGUAACCAGAAGGUUGCGAGUUCAAACCCCCGAGCUGACAAGGUACAAAUCUGUCGUUCUGCCCCUGAACAGGCAGUUAACCCACUGUUCCCAGGCUGUCAUUUAAAAUAAGAAUGUGUUCUUAACUGACUUGCCUGGUUAAAUAAAGGUCAAAUUAAAAAGCCUACAAACCUGACUCCGUUACACCAGCUCUGUCAGGAGGAAUUCACCCAACCUAUUGUGGAAAGCUAGUGGAAGGCUACCUGAAAUGUUUGACCCAAGUUAAACUAUUUAAAGACGAUGCUACCAAAUACUAAUUGAGUGUAUGUAAACAUCUGACCCACUGGGAAUGUGAUGAAAUAAAUUAAAGUUGAAAUAAAUCAUUCUCUCUACUAUUAUUCUGCAAUUUCACAUUCUUAAAAUAAAGUAGUGAUCCCAACUGACCUAAGACAGGGACAUUUUCCUAGGAUUAAAUGUCAGGAAUUGUGAAAAACUGAGUUUAAAUGUAUUUGGCUACGGUGUAUGUAAACUUCCGACUUCAACUGUACAUCUAAGCUGUCCAGGUUUAUACCUUUUAAGAAAAUUCAGGAAAGUCCCUUCUCUAUCCCUGGAGUGUUUAUGCAGCUAGAGGUCAAGAGGUAGUAAUACUUUUAGUAACGCUUAGUAACAUUGUUAUGGGGACUUAACCCCAUUCUCAACAUUAUAUCGCAGCUAUGCUGUUUUGACACAGAAAAUUGCUGUUGACAGCGUGUGCCCACUGAAUUCACUGAUGGGUAGUCUGUAGUGUCUUUCUUAAACUGGGGCAUUUCCUUUUCAAAUCUGUGGGAAGGUAUGGAGGGAGCUGAUUUAGUCUUUCACUAUGUUCAGACUCAUUUAUAUUUCAACAAUGUCUUUCUAUUCAGUAAUGGUAUGAAUAAAUGUAUAGAAAUAUUUGUACAAACAAAGGGAGACUGCAUCUUUCCCUUUCCAUCUCUCUCCUAUACACUCUGGUUUGUUGUUGACAUGACAAAUGAAGCGUCAGAAUGAGUUGAUGUUUUACUAGGUGGAGAGAGAUGGAGUGAGAGGAAGAUGGAUGUGUGUUGUCAUGGAUACAGAGACAGAACACUGAGGGCAUGAGGCCAGUCUAUCAGCCCUCCUGCUGAAGGGAGGAGCACAUGGCUACAGAAUGGAACUGAUAAGGACUCCACUAUAGGUUCCUGUGCCCCUCUCUGCAUGUAGGAUGACGAUCUUGCAUCAGACUAAACCACAGGGGAAGCUUUCGGUUCAGUUCCAGGCCGAUCCUCGACUGUUCUGACUAGUUUUAUAUCCUAAAGUUUCUAGCCUUUUUACCAUCUUCUGCAAUCCAUAUGUUUUUGUUCAUUCCCUUAUCCCCCCUUUUAAUUUGUCCUUUGGGUGAAGCUGCUAAAGAUAAGCCCAAAAACUCCUACAUUUCCUCAGGGGACCAUGGAGAGAGGAGACUGUGACAGGGGACUGGGGCCUCACAAAGUACAUGCGUCUCACAGUGAUUUGAACCGUUAGGUCAUAACGUAGUGUGUGUGUGUGUGUGUAUAUAUAUAUAUAUCUCAGUGAGGGGGAAAAGUAUUUGAUCCCCUGCUGAUUUUGUAUGUUUGCCCACUGACAAAGAAAUUACCCGUCUAUAAUUUUAAUGGUAGCUUUAUUUGAACAGUGAGAGACAGUAUAACAACAAAAAAAUCCAGAAAACGCAUGUCAAAAAUGUUAUAAAUUGAUUUGCAUUUUAAUGAGGGGAAUACUUAUUUCACCCCCUCUCAAUCAAAAAUAUUUCUGGCUCCCAGGUGACUUUUAUACAGGUAACGAGCUGAGAUUAGGAGCACACUCUUAAAGGGAGUGCUCCUAAUCUCAGUUUGUUACCUGUAUAUAAGACACCUGUUCACAGAAGCAAACAAUCAAUCAGAUUCCAAACUCUCCACCAUGGCCAAGACCAAAGAGUUCUCCAAGGAUGUCAGGGACAAGAUUGUAGACCUUCACAAGGCUGGAAUGGGCUACAAGACCAUCACCAAGCAGCUUGGUGAGAAGGUGACAACAGUUGGUGUUAUUAUUCGCAAAUGGAAGAAACACAAUAGAACUGUCAAUCUCCCUCGGCCUGGAGCUCCAUGCAAGAUCUCACCUUGUGGAGUUGCAAUGAUCAUGAGAACGGUGAGGAAUCAGCCCAGAACUACACGUGAGGAUCUUAUCAAUGAUCUCAAGGCAGCUGGGACCAUAGUCACCAAGAAAACAAUUGGUAACACACUAUGCCGUGAAGGACUAAAAUCCUGCAGCGCCCACAAGGUCCCCCUGCUUAAGAAAGCACAUAUACAUGCCUGUCUUAAGUUUGCCAAUGAACAUCUGAAUGAUUCAGAGGACAACUGGGUGAAAGUAUUGUGGUCAGAUGAGACCAAAAUGGAGCUCUUUGGCAUCAACUCAACUCACCGUGUUUGGAGGAGGAGAUAUGCUACCUAUGACCCCAAGAACACCAUCCCCAAUGUCAAACAUGGAGGUGGAAAAAUUAUGCUUUCCGGGUGUUUUUCUGCUAAGGGGACAGGACAACUUCACCGCAUCAAAGGGACGAUGGACGGGGCCAUGUACUGUCAAAUCUUGGGUGAGAACCUCCUUCCCUCAGCCAGGGCAUUGAAAAUGGGUCGUGGAUGGGUAUUCCAGCAUGACAAUGACCCAAAACACACAGCCAAGGCAACAAAGGAGUGGCUCAAGAAGAAGCACCUGGCCUAGCCAGUCUCCAGAUCUUAAUCCCGUAGAAAAUCUGUGGAGGGAGCUGAAGGUUCGAGUUGCCAAUCGUCAGCCUCGAAACCUUAAUGACUUGGAGAAGAUCUGCAAAGAGGAGUGGGACAAAAUCCCUCCUGAGAUGUGUGCAAACCUGUUGGCAAACUACAAUAAACGUCUGACCUCAGUACUUGGUGGCAAAACCCUUGUUGGCAAUCACAAAGUCAUGUUUUGCAGAGGGGUCAAAUACUUAUUUCCCUCAUUAAAAUGCAAAUCAAUUUAUAACAUUUUUGACAUGUGUUUUUCUGGAUUUUUUGUUGUUGUUAUUCUGACUCUCACUGUUCAAAUAAACCCACCAUUAAAAUUAUAAACUGAUCCUUUCUUUGUCAGUGGGCAAACGUACAAAUAUAUAUAUAUCACUACAGCUAAGGAGAAGUCCUGAGUCCACAGUCUCCUAUCACCUCCAUUGGGGCUUGAUGGGGGUGAUUUAUAUGCCAAGAGAGUAAUUCUUCAUCACAUAAAUAUGUGUAAUCCAGCAUUUGCUUUACUGUAUAAAAUCCUCCUCCUUGCAGUCCUUUAAAUGGGGGUGGGAGUGGUCUGUUUGGAACUCAGGUCAGGUUUGGGGUCAGGACUCAGGGUCUGGUCGUGUUCACGUUGUGUUCGGACAGAGAACUGUCAGUGGAGGAUCAGUAAGAUACCCUGAUUAGCAUCAAGAACUCAUCUCACAGUAGUGACUAUGCACGUUCAAGACAAUAUUUGUACCCGUGCUUAUGACUUUUGUAUGAUGAACUUUUCAUGACUUGAUGAAGAACCAAAUAUUGUUAUGAUAUGAUAAUAAGGAUGAUAAUAAGGAUGCUGAUGGUGUUGAUAAAAAUGAUAAUAAUGGCAUCUGAGUUUGGCAUGCCCCUCCCCCCUCCUCUGUAUCAACACCCACCCGAGCCUUUGACUGGACCAAGCAUCUUGCUGAGCAGGAGGCUGCCACCUGUUGUGUUAAAGUAGUAUCGGCCUGUAGAUACAUUUUUCUAGAUUUAUUAACAACUUGUAAGCUUUGAUUCUGACAAAUGAAAUUCUCUGCUCAAUUAUGCAAUAAUAUUGUAAAAUCGGUUUAGCACAUGUUUUGCCUUUUGUUUUGGAAUUUCAAAUGUCUAUGCAAAUGAGGAAUUAUCAGUAAAUGAAUGUCUUUAUAUUUCUGA